CGAAUCGCACAAUCUUCAUUAAACAACCGCAUAUCUCCCGAGUAACAAAGGGCCUUUGAGGACGAACUUUUCCAACAAAAAUUUGUUUAAUCGACAAGCAGCUAAAUUGGGAGUUGUCUCCAAAGUACUACAGAGAGCACCGUAGAAUCGUCAGGAUAUACUAUUAGCAUCGCUGAUAGCUUUUUUAUUGUACCGCGAAGCAAAAAAAUCUGCCAAAAUUGAACGCCAAAAGUCCUUCGAUAUGGCCGAGAUGAAGUCGGAGCUUGAUAGUGACGCGGAGCAAAACUACUCCCUCGGCAGCAAUGUCGAUCCAAAAAAUAUGCAGGAGCUGACAAUCUAUGUCCAAAAUCUGCUUCAGAAUGUGCAGGACAAGUUCCAGACUAUGUCGGACCAAAUAAUCUCUCGUAUCGAUGAUAUGGGCACGAGGAUAGACGAUCUGGAGAAGAGCAUAGCCGAUCUCAUGCAGCAAGCGGGAGUUGAGGGUGCCGACAAGUAAGGCAAGUAGCAUAAGUUUUCCCUUCAGCUAAUUUCAUUCAUCCAGGGCAUCCUUAUGGUGAGAUAUUUCCAAUUGGCUAGUGUUCCCGAGGGACACGUAUUUAAUUUUAACUUUUUUUUAAUGCAAAGACGGUUCAGUGAAACGUAAAAAAAAGUAAACAUGUUAGAGAGUAAGAUUUUGCACUUGCUGGCCGGUUCGGUUUGGUUUGACUAGGCAUAAGAACAAUGGAUGUAAAAUUAUUGAUUUAAUACACACAUUUUUUAUUCCAAUAAGUAUACCAGUUGCACGAACAUAUGGGUCCGAACAACGCUAUAAAACGAAGCAUACCAAACAAAACAAAUGUAAAGCAACUAGGACAA